AUGUUGAUCCUACCAACUGCCCUCACGGCAUUGGGUGCCACUUUAUUGGCACCCACUGUUUCAGGACAAUACUCGCCUCGUUUUCCAGAGCCCCCCAAUUUGGAGCCCAUCGAGGUUGUCGAGCUCCCCUUGCCUCCUGUUGUUUCGAGCAAUACUACAGGUGCUUGUACCGCCAAAAUCAAUCCCCGGGGUACCGGUUGCAUCGGUGCAAAUACUGGAGGAGAGCAAGAUUUCCAAUCAGGAGACUUCACGCCCGAUGGGAAGCACAUUGUGGCUAAUGUUGUAUUCAUUGGUGCCCCGGCAGCUCCAGACCCAGCAAGCAUCUAUGACGGCGAACACCUUAUUCUUAUCACCACGGAUGGUACCAACUUCUCCAACGGUGAUCCGUGGAAGUGUAUCACCUGUGGUGUUCCCUCAAAGAAUGCUCCUUGGCUCGAUCCCCAGAGAGACUAUCCUCACGUCUUUCGAAGUGUCGAUAAGGCGCUUUGGGGUCAUAACAUUAUCGACUGUGGUGGGAAGCCACUGGCUAGCGAUGGAUGUACUCCGAGCAAAACUCGCAUCUAUCCCAUUCACUGGACUGUGACCUCCGAUGGGACUGGUAAAGGUGGCUCUCCCCGAGAGAUGCGCCUUCAUCCUGACGACGAACAUAUGGGCUGGAGCUCUUUCACUAAUAGUGGAGGCCAGUAUACUUACUUUGGCCGCCUAGAGUUCAACGCCGAUCCAAAGGCUGGGGAGCCUCUUGUUCCUCGAUAUGAUUUGGUCGAUGUGAAUAUUCUCGUCGACAAAAGUGGCAAACCACCCAUGUACGUCGAAGACGAAAAGCUGAUCAUCAACCAUGAUGCUAUCACACCCGGUGAACUUCGUGGUUUCAGUGGUUCGGGCGAUGAGAUUCUCUACAUCGGAUCUCCUGUGGAAGCCAAUAACAUCGAUGUCAUGGCCGUCCACCUUACCACUGGGGCUAUCCGUCGCCUCACCAGUCAUCCCGACUACGUUGACCCGAUUACAAUGUCCCACGAUAAUCAGUGGAUUGUUGCUAUGGAUACCCGUGCUGUAGGUCGUCAGAUGUUUAUGUCUGGUAUGAGAUGGAUUCCUCCUAUUAUCGACUACCUCGUUGUGGCCAUCGCUUCGUCAACACGCAAUAAUGGACCACGAAGAUUCUUUCAGCCUAUCCUCAUCAGUCACAAUGGAGAUAAUGGAGACUAUUCCGGUCAGCAGGUCAACGCAGACGGCGACGGUAGCGAUGGAAGCGUGAAUGAUCCGAACUGGAAUGGCAGAGCCGAUCCAGCUGUUUCCCCUGACAGCACAAUGAUUGUAUACUGGCAAGCUCUUGUGGUUUCUCCUUCUUGCGGUGGUGCCAAUCCUCUUCCAUGCCCAGUUUCUACUGCCCAAGGAGGUCGCACUUACCGGAUCAUGCUUGCCCGCCGUACCUCUUUCAAGCCUUCAAAGCCAGCACCGGUCUUCAAAGCUCCCAAUUUCAUCCCUUGGGCAAAACCUUUUCCCGCUGGCAGCACAACACCAACGCAGUAUGAUGUGCCAGCCGGCAACUAUACACUACAAGGUCAGCUGUCUGGCGUUGCUGAGGUUGCCUUUAUUGAGGGUUCCGACACUGACGCCAUCCAAACUAUCACGGUUUCUUAUAAGAACUAUUCCGAUCAGGAAGGCUACACCAUCGACGGAUAUGAGAAGGUUUCAAAGUGGACGUUACUUCCCAAUUUCUGGAGAGAGCGAGUGGAAUGGUUCUCCAACAUCACGCAAACUGGGGUCGUGGAGGGCACUAAAGUCACAAGUCAAGAUGGGUUUGAACUAGAGAUAGAUGUCUCCAUUAACGACAUGGAGACGAACGGAACAUUGACAACAGUGCUUGACGGGAUCACAUAUGUUCAGCCUGCUGAUGGAACCUAG